AUGGCCUGCUGUGGCUUCGUCGGUGUCUUCAAGUUGGGCAACAGGCCACACUUUGGUGAUGACUACGCAGGUCGCGAUGGCUCCGAAAGCUUUUCCUCUGCCUCACAGCUUCUGAGGCACUACGAAGUGUCGGCUGCAAAUGGAAGUUUGCGAGAGCACCUGGACCUGCUACGACAAGUGGGCCAUCUCAGCCCAAGCAUUCACGACGAUCGUUUGCAGAAGCUGGCACACGAGGUCAUUGCAAGAAGAGACGAGCUGUCUCUGACCGCCCUCGUUGAGGCGUCCCAGGCCCUGCAGACGUUGGGCCUGAGACAGGAGCUGGGCCCGCUGGUCUCCAUGGUCACGGAGAGUGCCAGCUUCUUGUCCAGUGACGUGAUCCUAUCCUUCGCAAGGAGCUUGCUUUGUGUUCCAUGGCACCUCGGAAGCGUGAUUAGGGACUUGUUUGCAUAUGGCACUUUUCUUGCAAUCGGGCGGGCGUUGAUAGUGUAG